AUGAGGAUCUCCGAUGUACCGGCUGAGUAGUUAGAGGAUAUACUCAGUAGACUCCCGACCACGUCUCUGAAAAGAAUACGAUUCAUUUGCAAACAAUGGAACUGUUUGAUAAAGAAAAAUCCAAGAUUUUCCCAAGCUGCAAAGCAAUCUCUAGUUCUCGUGUUGAAAGAAUAUAAGGUUUGGCGAAUGAGCGUCAAUCACGAUGUUGCUGCUCCAUCUAAAGAGUUUGAUGGUGCACUUAGCCUUAAGGAUUCGCUUGAUUCUGAACAAGUCGAUAUAGCCGCAGUUUUCCAUUGCGACGGUUUGUUGUUAUGCACCACCAAAGACAAUAGACUCGUGAUUUGGAAUCCGUAUUUGGAGAUAACCAAGUGGGUCCAUCUCAAAACUGAUCACAAGAGAGACUCUAAGUUUGCCCUAGGAUACCAAAAUACUAACAAGUCUUGUCGGAGCUACAAAAUCUUGAGGUGUUGGGAUGGUUACGAACCAAACCACCAUGUUUCUACCGUUGAAAUCUAUGAGAUUUGCUCUUGUUCAUGGAGGGUUCUUGAUAAUGUCCCUCUCAACUGCUUCAUAGAACCAAAUACUGUUGUGCCUUUGAAGGGAAACACUUACUGGCUUGCUUUGGAUGAAAAAACAGAUUUCUUACUCAGUUUUGAUUUUACAACGGAGAGAUUUAAACGUUUGUGCCUUCCGCCUAUUCAAAAUCAUGGUAAGAUGGUUCUAUCAGUUGUUGGGGAAGAACAACUCUUAGUGUUACUUCAGAGCUAUCAUAAAUCAGACAUAGAGAUUUGGAUGACCGAUGAUGAUGAUACUGAUAGUGACGCCGCCUUGUUGUGGAGUAUAUACAUUAAAGUGGAUUUUUACAAACACCUAAGUACUUACUUUAGUUUUCCGGUUUGCUGGAGUUUUUUGAUCCAUGAGGGGAAGGAAAAUGCCUUGUGUUGUACUAUAGGUUCUUAUGAGACCAGCAGUAACAUGGUCAACAUUACUGGACUGCACGAUACAUAUUACGCAGAGAUUUAUGAUGAAGAUUCUACUAAUUGGCAGCGCCCGAUUGUCUUCAGUUAUGUUCCAAGUUUGGUUGAAAUCUUGCAAGAUAAAAGCACAAGAAAAGAAUGGAACUAG